AUGAAAAGACGGCGACGACGUCUAGGCAGCGCAUCAACUCCGCAACCCUGCAUCCGUGCCACGACGGGGAUAUAUUGCAAUCAAUUAAGGCUGAACCUGACGGGACAUACUACGGUGUGCACUGCUGACACCCCGUCUUACUGUACCAACGUUGUUAGCGCCGUGAUCAAGACCAAUAUUAAUAGCGAGCAUCGGAUAGAUGCAACUCGCAAAUUAUCGCGCCGUGUCCCGCUUGAACGCGCCCGAUACCUCAGUGGGUGCCGCCCGGGCGGGUUAGCGCGCGAUGCUGCUUUUUGUCCUCGCGAUGUCGCGCGAUGUCACCUUGCAACCCCUUCGGAUAUUCCCGUCAGCCAGCUGGAGGGCACCCCAGUGGCUUGA